CUGGAGGCUUUUAUCGUCGCAUUCGGCUGCCGAAAAAAAGAACAGAAGGCGGUGUUCUUUUCUCACACUGAGAACACGGUGUGCGCAGACUUGCCUCGAAACUGUUCUAAAGUACGGUUUUGUCAGCAGAAAAAAGGCCACAUCCGCACACCUGAAGCAGUCGAAUAGAUUAGAUACGACUCCAGACAUAACCGCUGUCACAUAAACGAAUCAUAGACGUAGUACAUGCACAUCCGCGGCUUUAUCCGAGAAGUUCAGGCCACUACACGCAUGCGUUGAUCACAUGUUGCUGGCAAACCUAGUUGUUGUUGGUCUAGACCGUGUAGACACCGUCAUCCGCGAGAUUAGCGUUAGAGCUGCUCUACUGUCCGCUACAGUUUGACAAGUAUGAGCCGCAAAGUAUUCUGCUGUUGCCGGAAGACCACCGGAUACUUACGGUCGUUUAAUGGUUACGAUUCAGAUUUAAUUUCAUGCAGGACGAUGGUACAGUAGAGACUUGACAGCAAUUUAGCUGCCCGCACUGUUGGCUGCUUGUAAGAAACGUUAUAAUAGCAGAACUGACGUUCGCUAGGGGGGACAGUAUUGAGACAUCUAGCAGGCUGGCUACCUGGUCAUCCGGAGAACAAUCACUGUGCCAAAGGACAAUAAUGAGCAACCUUAAGUUUUGGGACCAGCUACAGGCUGGAAGCUCCGAGAUCGACUGGUGUGAGGGGAAUUACCUCAUUUACCCCGGCAUAGCGGAGUUCUACAAUACGAUCAGCAACAUAUUGUUCUUUAUUUUGCCUCCUAUAUUAAUGUGCCUGUUUCGUCAGUACGCUACACAUUUCAACAGCGGAAUAUAUCUAAUAUGGACUCUGCUGGUCGUUGUGGGGAUUGGCUCGACGUACUUCCACGCCACGCUCAGCUUCCUGGGUCAGAUGCUGGACGAGCUGGCCAUCCUCUGGGUGCUCAUGUGCGCCAUCGGCAUGUGGUUCCCCAAGAGGUACCUGCCCAGAGUCUUCCGCAAGGACAGGUCAAGGUUCAAAGUGGUCAUGGCCGUCCUGUCCGGGGUGACCACGGCACUGGCGUUCGUCAAACCCGCCAUCAACGCCAUCUCCCUCAUGUCCCUGGGCAUCCCCUGCACGGCCCUGCUGGUCACGGAGCUCAAGAGGUGUGAGAACCUGCGGGUGUUUAAGCUGGGCCUUGUUUCGGGGGUGUGGUGGACCCUGGCUCUGCUCUGCUGGAUCAGCGACAGGAUCUUCUGCGAGAUGUGGUCCUACAUCAACUUCCCCUACCUGCACUGUGCCUGGCACAUCCUGAUCUGCCUGGCGGCCUACCUGGGCUGCGUGUGCUUCGCCUACUUCGACGCGGCGGCCGAGGCCCCGGAGCAGGGCCCCGUCAUCCUGUUCUGGCCCAGCGAGCGCUGGGCCUUCAUCGGGGUGCCCUACGUCACCCUGCUGUGCGCCCGCAAGAAGUCCUCCAUCAAGGUGACCUAACCGCGCGCCCCCAUCCCUGCCGCCGGCCCCCGUCCCUGCAGCCGGCCCCCAUCCCUGCAGCCGGCCCGGGACGGCUGGAGCCGCCAUCGAGAGUCUCCGUUUCGGCAUGGUCCCCCCCAAGUCACACACACACAUGCACACGCGCACACACACACACAAGGACAUACAUGCACACACACGCGCAUACACACA